AAGAAUAAGGAACUCAAAUUAUUUUUUUUAAUUUUGGAUCGAUGCAAGAGGGACCCAAUAUUUGGAAAAGGCUUGCAAUGGUGUUUUCCUGGAGAGAAGGGCCAGGAUUUCGGCGUCUUCUGUUUUUGCUUCUGCUCCUCGCGUUAUGGGAGGCCGGGAGGGGCCAGGUCCACUACUCGGUCCCCGAGGAGGCCAAACACGGCACCUUCGUGGGCCGCAUCGCCCAGGACCUGGGGCUGAAGCUGGCGGAGCUGGUGCCGCGCCUGUUCCGGGUGGCGUCCAAAAACCGCGGGGACCUUCUGGAGGUAAAUCUGCAGAAUGGCAUUUUGUUUGUGAAUUCUCGGAUCGACCGCGAGGAGCUGUGCGGGCGGAGCCUGGAGUGCAGCAUCCACCUGGAGGUGAUCGUGGACAGGCCGCUGCAGGUUUUCCAUGUGGAGGUGGAGGUGAGGGACAUUAACGACAACCAGCCGGUUUUUCCAAUGGCAGUAAAAAAUCUGUUUCUUUACGAAUCCCGGCCGCCUGGCUCUCGGAUUCCGCUAGAGGGCGCAGCAGAUGCAGAUAUCGGAGUAAAUUCACUGUUGACCUACAGUCUUAACUCCAAUGAAUAUUUUACCUUGGAUGUUAAAAGAAAUGAUGAGGAAAUUAAAUCCCUUGGACUCGUGUUGAAAAAGCUUUUAGAUCGAGAGGACACUCCUGAGCAUCACUUAAUAAUAACGGCAGUCGAUGGUGGGAAACCACAGCUCGCUGGCGCUACUCAACUAAAGAUCACCAUUCUAGAUGUAAACGACAAUGCCCCCGAGUUUGAGAGGACGGUCUACAAAGUCAAAUUAUUCGAAAAUGCACCAAACGGUACCCUAGUAGUGAUUGUUAACGCCUCUGAUUUGGAUGAAGGAAUAAAUAAGGACAUUGUAUAUUCUUUCAAUACAGACAUGUCAGCAGAUACUCUGUCGAAAUUCCACUUAGACCCGGUUAAUGGAUACAUCAGUGUAAAGGGUAACAUAGAUUUCGAGGAAACUAAGUUAUAUGAAAUCCAGGUAGAAGCGACAGAUAAAGGAAAUCCCCCAAUGGCAGAUCAUUGCACGGUUCUAGUGGAAAUUUUGGACACCAAUGAUAACGUACCUGAGUUGGUUAUCAAAUCACUAUCGUUACCUGUAUUAGAAGACGCUCCACUCGGCACCGUCAUCGCUUUGAUCAGCGUGUCCGACCGCGACUCUGGUGCUAAUGGGCAUGUGACUUGCACCCUGACUCUCCAUGUUCCCUUCAAGCUGGUGUCCACCUUCAAGAAUUACUAUUCGCUGGUGCUGGACAGUGCCUUGGACCGCGAGAGUGUGGCAAACUACGAGGUGGUGGUGACAGCGCGGGACGGGGGCUCGCCUUCUCUGUCGGCCACCGCCAGCGUGUCCGUGGAGGUGGCCGACGUGAACGACAACGCGCCGGCGUUCGCGCAGCCCGAGUACACGGUGUUCGUGAAGGAGAACAACCCGCCCGGCUGUCACAUCUUCACGGUGUCUGCGCGGGACGCGGACGCGCAGGAGAACGCGCGGGUGUCCUACUCGCUGGUGGAGCGGCGGGUGGGCGAGCGCGCGCUGUCUAGCUACGUGUCGGUGCACGCGGAGAGCGGCAAGGUGUACGCGCUGCAGCCGCUGGACCACGAGGAGCUGGAGCUGCUGCAGUUCCAGGUGAGCGCGCGCGACGCGGGCGUGCCGCCUCUGGGCAGCAACGUGACGCUGCAGGUGUUCGUGCUGGACGAGAACGACAACGCGCCCGCGCUGCUGCCGCCUGGGGCGGGCGGCGGGGGCGGCGCGGUGAGCGAGCUGGUGGCGCGGUCUGUGGGCGCGGGCCACGUGGUGGCGAAGGUGCGCGCGGUGGACGCGGACUCUGGCUACAACGCGUGGCUGUCUUACGAGCUGCGGCCGGCGGCGGGUGGCGUGCGCAGCCCGUUCCGCGUGGGGCUGUACACGGGCGAGAUCAGCACGACUCGCGCCCUCGAUGAGGCGGACUUGCCGCGCCAGCGCCUGCUGGUGCUGGUGAAGGACCAUGGCGAGCCGGCGCUGACGGCCACGGCCACCGUGCUCCUGUCGCUGGUGGAGAGCGGCCAGGCGCCGAAGGCUUCGUCCCGGGCGUUGGCAGGCGCCGCGGGGACGGCCCUGGUGGAUGUCAACGUGUACCUGAUCAUCGCCAUCUGCGCUGUGUCCAGCCUGUUGGUGCUCACGCUGCUGCUGUACACGGCGCUGCGGUGCUCGGCGCCGCCCAUCGAGGGCGCGUGCGGGCCGGGGAAGCCCACGCUGGUGUGCUCCAGCGCAGUGGAGAGCUGGUCGUAUUCACAGCGGAGGAGGCAGAGGGUGUGCUCUGGGGAGGGGCCGCCCAAGACCGACCUCAUAGCCUUCAGCCCCAGCCUUCCUCCGGGUCCCGUUAGCGGAGGUAUGGAAGAGCAGCUGGAUGUGGGUGUUGAUUUUUCUGCCAAAGUGAGUAAUUUUUUUUCAUCCUUUCGAAAAUGUCUUUAUUUUUUGUUCAUCAAUGUUUCUACUCCUUUGGAGACAUUUUAA